GGGGGAGGGUUGUGAAACGCAGCAUCGCUAUAAAGAUUUUACAUCGAUUACGGGGGUGCGGGAGCGAGCCGUUUCGCUCUCGCCCGAGGGCGGCGACGUGCGGGCCUCUCGCGCAGUCGCCAACAAUUAGCGCGCGGGUCGGCGGCACACCGCGUCACUAUAAUGUGGUUAGUCAGUGAGCGUCGGGGCCGAGCCGACGGCGACGGCACGGAGCACGAGUUCAGGAGCGCGGGAGAGCCGCGCUGCCCGCUCAGCGCGCGCGGCCACGCCACGGUGGAGUACAAGAGCGCGGCGUGCGCGGGGGCCGCCGAGCCGCCCGCGCCGCCUCUCGCCGCGCUGCCGGACCCGCAGCAGUUCAACAUCUUCCCCGCCUUCUUCAGCCGCCAGCUCAACUUCAGCGCUGGCGGCGGCGGCCAGGGCGCCAAGAUCAUGGAGGAGCUCCGACCCAACCUGGUGGGCGGCCUCCUCGGCAUGCCGGGGCUCCUCGACGAGCACCAGUCGGACGCGAAGUUCCUGCAGACGGGCGCGGAGAGCAAGUACACGCCGGACAAGGGCCGGAAGUGCAGCAACGCGUCGUCGUCGUCCGCGGAGGAGUUCGGCGGGCUGUACGGCGGGGACCACGCCGCCACGCCGCCGGCGCCGCUGCAUGGUCGUUCCUUACAGGACCACACAGCCGAAGGAGCGUUCAAAAAAUUAAAACCCGAACCAGGCGGGACUGGCUCGUCGGGGGGCACAUCAGCAUUGUCCCCGUCCCUGGGCCCCCAGCACGCGGGGCACACGCCCACCACUGCCUCCUGCCCCACGCCCGCCAGGCGACGGCACAGGACAACGUUCACGCAGGAACAAUUAGCGGAAUUAGAAGCGGCGUUCGCGAAAUCUCACUACCCCGACAUAUACUGCCGAGAGGAGCUCGCGAGGACGACGAAGCUCAACGAAGCGAGGAUACAGGUCUGGUUUCAAAACCGGCGGGCGAAGUACCGUAAGCAGGAGAAGCAGCUGCAAAAGGCCCUGGCGCCGGCGGUGCUGCCCGGCUGCAACGGCAUGAUGCGCAACAUCCAGGGGUACCGGGGCUACCAACCCUACCCGCACCCCAACACCAUCAACAGAUAUCCACAGCCUGCUUCUAUUCAUCAGCACCACGGCAGCUACGAGGAGCUGCAAAAGGACAUCUUCUCGCUGUCGCAGAUGGGCAGCGGAUCAUACCCCAUGCCGCAGGGCUUCUCCAUGGGGCACAGCGCCAACAUGAGCGCCGUCGGCAUGAGGCAGGACACCAUGGGCAUGAGCGCAGAGGACGAGUGGUACAACAAGUCUCUCUCCGCACUCCGGAUGAACAGUGGUCACCACGCGAACCUGGCCGCCGCGCCCAUGCUGCAGUACCAGACCUAAUCGUUGCUCCACGGCGCCGACUACUCGCCGGCGCCGGCGCAUGACUAUGCGCCGCCGUAAGCUUAUCGCCAAUUGUGCACUACCACUGAGAGGAAUUUACC